AUGUGAUUUGAGCAGCAUUUGCAGCUCAGACGAGAAUCACCGACCCCGCAGAAACUCCAUGUAUAGAGAGGAACUGGUUUCCUGUGUGGACUAGAUACAUGUUAUCACAGUCCGAAGAAGAAAGUAAUAUAUAUAAGUUGGUUGCCAUUGGAACUUUCUUCGGCCUAUUACUGGAGGCAGUGGGAGCACCACUAGUGCACAGCUGGCGUGAUGGGGGAUCUAAGACAGAAGAUUGGGGUCAUGUCCCAGACAAUAUGUCCAAGUUCACGGGCUGCAUCUGAAGAGGACUUAAAGGCUCCGAAAGUGGAGAAGAUGCAGAUGAAAAGGGAAAUUUCUCUCAUCAACGGGAUCUGCCUCAUAGUGGGCAACAUGAUAGGCUCUGGGAUUUUUGUCUCGCCGAAGGGUGUUCUGAUGUACAGCUCCUCCUAUGGGCUGUCGCUGCUGAUUUGGGCUCUUGGGGGCAUCUUCUCGGUGUUUGGAGCUCUGUGCUAUGCAGAGCUUGGCACCACCAUCACCAAAUCUGGAGCCAGCUAUGCCUACAUCCUGGAGUCGUUUGGUGGCUUCCUUGCUUUCAUCCGUCUGUGGACGUCCAUCCUGCUGAUCGAGCCGGCCAGCCAGGCUGUGAUUUCGCUGACCUUUGCCAACUACCUGGUGGAGGCUUUUUAUCCCACCUGCCAGCCGCCAUACGAUGGUGUCCGACUGAUUGCUGCAGCCUGCCUCUGUAUACUCAUCUUCAUUAACUGUGCAUAUGUGAAGUGGGGGACUCUGGUUCAGGACAUCUUCACUUAUGCCAAACUUUUGGCCCUCUUCCUUAUCAUCAUUGUUGGAAUCCUGAAAAUAGUAAGUGGAGAAAGAAAUAAUUUUGAGAAUUCAUUUGAGGGCUCCUCCACCGACGCCGGAGCCAUAGCUUUGGCCCUCUACUCGGCCCUCUUCUCCUACUCUGGGUGGGAUACACUCAACUUUGUCACUGAGGAAAUUAAGAAUCCUGAAAGGAAUUUGCCACUGGCCAUUGCCAUCUCCAUGCCCAUUGUGACCAUCAUCUACCUGCUAACCAACGUGGCGUACUAUGUGGUUCUAGACAUGCCCUCCCUGCUGGCCAGUGAUGCUGUGGCUGUGACAUUUGGAAAUGCGGUUCUGGGUCCGUUUAAUUGGAUCAUCCCUGUUUCAGUGGCUAUGUCCUGCUACGGCGGACUAAAUGCUUCCAUCAUUGCUGCCUCACGGCUGUUUUUUGUUGGAGCAAGAGAAGGCCACCUCCCUGACAGCCUAAGUCUGAUCCACCUGGAGCGCUACACACCCGUACCAGCUCUGCUGUUCAAUGGGCUAAUGGGCCUGAUCUUCCUGUGUGUGGAGGACGUGUUUCAGCUCAUCAACUAUUUCAGCUUCAGUUACUGGCUGUAUGUUGGCCUUUCUGUGGCCGGACUCAUCUACAUGCGCAUCACUCAGCCAGACAGAUACAGGCCUGUCAAGCUGACCUUAUUCUUCCCCUUCAUCUACUGUCUGUGCAGCCUGUUCUUAAUCAUCGUCCCUCUGUACGGAGACACCAUCAAUUCUCUCAUAGGGAUCGGCAUUGCGCUCUCUGGGGUGCCAGUUUACUAUGUGGCCAUUUAUCUACCUGAAGAAAGGAGACCCAGAUUUUUACGCAAACUAAACAUGUUUGCCACCAGAUACUGCCAGAUGUUGCUCUACUGCUGCGUGACUGAGUUCGACAUGGAGACGGAAACGCCAGCAGGUGGUAAAACGAAGUGAGCUGCAGACGGGCUCCUUCAUUCAUCAGUCUGCUUUCUGAGUGCUGGAAUAAAUAAAGCCUGCAUGGACAGAGCAGCAAGAUGCAAGGUCAUCAAGUCUGGAAGGAUUUGAUAUAAACCUGACAGCUGAAAUGACCUGAGAAAGGAGAAAUCACAUGAGAAACUCCACACUUUUCUGACAGGAUAUAAAUGAAGCUGCUGCAACAAAUCUGUAGCCCAAGCACACAUUUUUCUUGUUUGCUUGUUGUUUUGUUGGUAUAAUUCAGUUAAAUGAUCAUUUUCAGCUUGCAGAAGCAUCUAGGGACAUCUUUAUUGUUUGCUUACUCAUCAGUACAUUCAUUCCUGUAAAUAUAAAACUCCAUAAAAUUGUCAACCUCAACCUUUUAUCUUCUUCAGUGUUCGGGAUGUUUGCAUGUUUUUCUUUAAUUUGACUCAAGUUUAUUUCAGUGCUUCUAAAUUUUAUUGGCAUAAAAAAAACAG